AUGAGAUUAAAUGAAGACCCAGCAUAUGAAAACCUGAUUAGCGCAUUCGGUGUUGCUGCUGAAUUCGCUUUGCCAUCGCUAGUAUCAACAUUAUCAUUGUGGUAUAGAUCUCAGCACUCUUCAGGGAAGUAUUAUCAACUACACCAACUUCACUGUUUUGCUUCACCCAACAAAUUAAAUGAAAACGAUAUUCCAGUGGCAACCCAACGUCCUUCUGAAGACAGUCAUAUUUUUGAUGUUACACAGGCCACAUCCGUUCCUCCUAACAAGUCUGUCAAAUGCGCCUCAGAAUCAGCUUCCUUGUCAAAAUCGAAUCAUGUGUUUCCACCUGAUGCCUCUGUUAUUUUUGAACGACGUGACCUUGCAAUCGAUAUUAUAUUUUGCCAUGUUAUACUUGCUGUUCUGAGACAGCUGCCGUUUCAUCCGGGUCAUAAUGAUGUUAUUGAAUUGAUUUUAGAACAGUGCUUUAGAAGAUUUAAUUACAGAGAAGAUUUGCAACCGAAAAAUAGCGAAAACAUAAAUCUUGUCGCUGACCUUUAUGCGGAAAUUGUUGGGCUUUUAUUCCAGUCAAGAUUCGCUCUGGUCCGUCAUAAAUUUAUGGGCUGUUUGAAUGAUCUCAGAUCCAAAGAAAAUAGUCCAAAUAACAGAGCCAGUAUUGUAUCUCUCAUAAUGGGAAUGAAAUUUUUUCGAGUGAAAAUGCAUCCUAUCGAAGAUUUUGUGAAUUGUUUCAAUUUCCUGCAAGAAUUAGGUCAAUACUUUCUGGAAGUGAAGGAAAUCGAAAUUAAGCACGUUUUAUCAGACUUAUUUGUCGAGAUCUUGCUGCCUGUGGCUGCUGUGGCUCGCCAAGAAGUCAAUAUCCCAGCUUUGAAGACAUUUGUGGAGAAUUUAUAUCCAACAAGUUUGGAAUUGGCUAGCAAAAAGAAGCAUGUUCCAGCUCUAUUCCCCUUGGUUACAUGUUUGCUUUGCGUUGGUACGAAACCAUUUUUUCUGAAUAACUGGACCAAUUUCUUGUCUAUUUGCUUGAGUCAUCUUAAAAACCGGACUUCUAAAGUUGCUUUGGUCAGCCUACAAUCAUUAUCAUGCAUACUAUGGGUUUAUAUUGUGCGUAUCAAAGGAGAGAAACACACAGAAACGCAAAAUAAAUUGCAUACAAUCAUUAACAGUUUAUUUCCAAAAAAUCAGAAAAUCAUCCUACCCAAAGAUGCGCCAAUUAAUAUAUUUGUUCGAAUAAUUCAAUUCAUAGCUCAUGAGAAACUUGACUUUGCGAUGAAAGAAGUCAUCAUUGAUCGUUUGGGGGUCAAUGGGUCACAGAAAACCUUAGUUAUGCCAGAGAGAAUAAACGUAGGAUUGUGUGCUUUCUUACUAAUAGCACAUGGUCUUCAACAGAAAGACGGUGAACCUCCCAUGCCUCAACAGUGUAUUGGUGCUGGGGGCGUCGGCGGUGGGUUUAGACAGGCUGUCAUUAAGCGAUCUUUUCACGGAACCAAUUUGAAUGAAGCUUUAGGUUCCCUACUAGGAAUACAAAGCUAUUUAGUACCGGUUCGUAGAGCUUUUGAGCUCAUUUUGCGUCAAUUGGAUACACAAGUCUGUCGUACAAUGAUGUUACCGAAGCAAGAAGUAACUCAAAAGGAAUUCGAUGAGUUAAUGACGGCAGAUCGUAAACCAAAAUUAGAUUUGCUAAAAACUUGUGUUGCAUGUAUUCCACGCCUGUUACCUAUCGAUAUGACUAAGCAAGAGAUUUUAGAAAUACUGGCUAAAGUUUGCUUACAUGUUGACGAAGAUGUCCGAAAAAUGGCUCAGCAGGCGAUGGCAAAUUUAAUAGUGGAGUUACCAGCUUAUAGAGUUAAGACGAUACAAGUUUUUAUACAUUUCAUUCAAAAAAUCUGUUUGAAAACUUUAUUUCACUUAUUAAAUAACUGGAAGUUAGCCUUGCAGAAGGAUGGAGCUGUCACACCCAAUAUGGCUGAAAAAUCAGCAUUGUAUGAAGCUGAAGGAUUUGCUUUAGUUAUGUUAUGCAGCUGUCGGUCGAUAACUCGGCGUUUGGCUGUGUACAUUCUUAGAAAAUGUCGAGCUUUAUUAAACCUAAUCCAAUCAGCAACUUAUGAUCCAACUUUAAAACAGUCAAACGAUGUACGGGAAAUGUGUUGUAUAGAUGUUCUGGAUCGUUCAGUACCUAUGGUAUUGAAACGUCUUUUACCCAUCCUACCACUCAGUGAAAGAUCUGCUUUGUCGUCAGUAUCCACUUUGGAUUUUUCAGUCUUCACAGAGCGGUCACAUCCUGUAUGGUUUAGUGGUAGUACUGCUCCCACUUACUCACCAAUAGUUCUCCCUGCAAACUGUUUAAAUAAUAACCAGUAUUCUGGUUUAAUGUCUGGAAACGAUGUGCAACAUAAUGAAACUAGAUUUGGUAACUUAUCAAGUCGUCAUGAUCUGAAUAGGCCAAAUUAUCAUAAUAACAAUAGUCCAUGUGGAGGGGAUUCAGUGACUGCUAAUAUCAGUGAAAAAUCUAAACUCGACGAGACAUCUGUACAGGAAACAUUUACAAAAAUCGUUAGACCAUCAAUCUCUGGAUUGCUUGCAACUUCAAGGACUCUAGAUUCUCAGAAUGUGCAAACUUCUAAACCUUGUUCUUCAACAACACCUGUACAUAGACGGCCUUCUCAGUACAACCAACAAGUUCAGCACACACAACAAGCCUAUAUAAUGCAGCCCACACAAGAACGAGUGGUCCUCGCAGAUGUUUGGGGCACUUGUCUUUCUGUCGUGUUUAGUUCGUCUAGUUUGCCAGCCAGCUGUCCUAUGGCUAUCAAGUCUGCUUGGUCUAUACUUUUUCAGAGAAUCAGCGCUCUGUUUCCAUUAAUCGAUCCAAGCGCACAGAUAGCUGAAAAUAGAGCGUCAUCCCUAUUGCGAACUGCGAGUAAGAAACCUGCGAAUGAACGUGAACAGUUUGUUCCAUUAUGGCACAAUUAUGUUGUUGUUGGGUGUUGUAUAGCACCAAGUUCUACUGGUAUACGAAUUUCCAAACCUCCAGAUACAUGCUAUCAGCCUGAGUUACGUGUGCAAAAGCAUUCACCAGACUGUGGUACAAAACGGGAUACGUUGCAUUGUCGUGACAGUUCUCGAUCACCUACCCAGCCAGAUGAAAUACAAAAUCAAACAACAGAUUCCAAUGCAAAUUCAUCAACUUCUCGAGCAACGAUGUCCAACUCUCCAUGUUCCAAUUGGCCCAAUUCAACAGAUUUAAAACAUUCAGCAUCCUACGGAAAAGUGAACGCUCGAGAUUUAGUGAAGUUGUUAGUACCGUUGUUAAGAUGUGAGCAAUCCGAGAUACGCGAUUCAGCAAUUGGUGGUCUCGGCAGAAUAAAUCCAGCGGCUUUCAGAGAUGUCCUUGAAGAUUUGCAGCCACUACUGAAAGAAUCUUUUGAUCGGAAACAAGAGAAUUUACGCCGUCGUCGUCGACGGGAUGGACUACGAUCAGCUUUAAUAAAGAUAUUAUCUCUUAUGGCACAAACAGGUGUAUUUGCACAUCCCGAAUCAAACAGUGUCACACCGCAAGGAGCCCUGAUCCCUCAGCUGCUGGAUUAUAUAGAUGGGAUGAGAAGCUAUUUAGAAUCAGUUUCCGAUCAAUUAUUGAGUCCUGUUAGUCACACUCACACAUCAUCUGCUUCUUUAAAUAUUUUAGCAUCUAUGCCCUCUGCUAGUUCAUCCCAGCAAGUUGGGACAAGUGGGAGUAAUACGAGUAAUCAAGUAUCUGGCUCUAUUAGCAGUGGUUCUGUGGUUAACUCUUUACCUACUCCUUUGUCCUCUGGGCCUUCAGUAUCUGAAGCCUAUUUACUGAAUGAAAUUCGCUUACACUUUUGCAUUUUCACUAAAGAGCUUAUUCGACGUUUACCUAAGCAAAGUCGUGCUAACUUAUUACCACCUACAUUAAGACAUCAAUUGUUUAUUUUAUUGUCUCAUUGGAGUGCUCAUUAUGAUCAUGUUAUGGGAACUUACUUUGGAUCUGAAGGUCCAGUUCCUAUACAGUCUUGCUUUAAUAAUUCAAAUGUUGACUUCACUGAGCAUACCACCGGUUCCAGUGGCGCGGUUGGUGUUUCUCCAUCGAAUGAAAUAUCACCGGGGUUUAUCGGACCUCAUCAUCAGUUGGUAAAUGACAAUUUUCUACAAUCUGUUAAUAACUUGAGUCUUAAUAAUGUCACACCAUCGGGAUCUACGGACUCUACUGCAAAUUUAACCAUCCCUCUAAACCAAGCUUCUCAUAGUCCUACAUUUCAACAGAAAGUUUCAAAUAACGAACAAACUGAAGGACUUGAUUCUCUAGAGUAUUGUUUAUGGAUUGACCUGAUCUGGUUGUCGAACCAAGCUAUGGCAGCGCUUGGAGCAGCAGUUCCUGGAUCCGAUUCAGUAUAUGGUUCAUGUUCAGAUCGCUCAAAUGGUACUUCGUGUUCAAAUGUUUGCACUCCAAGCCCUGGUUAUGUACUUCGUUGGAUUUCCGGACUUCUAGUUGCACGCGACACUGCUCUUAGUUCAAGUCCAUGGUUAUGGUUUUGUCCCAUCACAAGUCGCGGUCUUUUGCAUAAUACUCUUAAUCCUGGUGGUGCCUCACUCUGUGGCAAUAGUCACACGCGCUCACGCACAAUAGCAGCUGGUGGUGGACGUCGAUUAGAUUCUUUACUGCGUCAAUUAGGCGAAGAAACUUUGGUUCUUCUAUUGGAUUUCAACAUAGAUAAUAGCGGCCUUUUCAACUGGGUGGUCGAUCAGUGUUAUACCUCAUCGAACAUUUCACUAUCUACAGCGUGUUUUGAAUGUAUUUGCCUUAUAAUGAGUAAUAUACCUAAUUUCACUUGUGAUCAUACUGUUCUAAUCACAUUAUGCCUGAUUUUUAUUGAUCAUCCGUCGAGAUUUUUGAGUGACAGAGCCUUUUAUUUACUGCGCGUGUUGUAUCGGCGUUUCUUUAUUGAACGUGCUGAAAUUUUGUACAAGCAAGUACAUUCAGUGGAAUCUAAAAAACCAUAUUCUGACAAGGAUUCACCUCAGUCUCAAUCAUCUACAUGUAACCAACCGAACUGUGAAUGUACCCAGCUAUCUACAUAUUUAAGAAUAAACAAAUUAUUUUAUCGCUCUUUUAACUACUGGUUGCCGUGUGAAGUCGUACGACAAUUUGCCGCCCAACAUCCAGACUACACACUGACUAUUUUUUCAGAGGUCUCUAGACGUCUUGAAAAUGCCCGAGAAGGUCUUCGUGUUCCAUUACUGCAUUUACUUUCACCUUGGUUUGUAAAUGUUGAACUGGUUGAUCUUAUUGAAGGCGAAGUUUUCGACUCACCAGACCAUAAUUUAGAUAUGGAUGAUGAUUUUUCGUACACGGAAAAAGAAAACGACCCAUUUUCUAUGAGUAAUUAUGAGAAGCCUUCAGAUAUCGUUGACGUCUCAAAUAGUAAUAAUAAUACUUCAGAUCAACAACAGCAACAUGUCAGAAAAGAUAAUCCAGAAUAUCGUAUUCGUUUGUCUAAGCGAUAUAAACGUUCGAAAAGCCUAUUGAAUGCUGAAUCAUUACGUUAUGAUCCCGAUGAUACUGAUGCUGAUUCAGAUAAUAUUAACCAUCAGCGAAGCUUCAAAUCACUUUCAUUGUUAAGAAUGCGUGCUCGUCAAGCAAUGAUGGGUGAAAAUACAGAUUUACAUAGUCCUCGUUCUUUCCGCUCUUCAAAUUUAUGUUAUAAUAAUAGUCAUUUCAGAAACGGGUGUAAAGCAACGUAUGCAACGAAUAAUGCUGCAUUAUGGUCAACUGUUCCUCCCACACUUCGAUCUAAAGGAUGGGGCUCAAAACAGGCCACCGAGUUCGUACUCACAAAUCUGUUCUACUUGACAUUAAGACUUGCUGAUUGUCCAACUUCAUCUGAGGCGCUAAAGCAACUUUGGAUUACACUAAUUCGUCAUCGGUCUGCAAAUCUGCGAGUGAUUGUUCGUUACCUAAUUAUAGUUACAUCUCUCGCACCUGGUACCCUGUUAAUACACGUUAAACGUAUUCUUGCCUACUUGGCCUCAGAGCAACCUGAAAGUGUUAUAGGCGAACUAAUGGUCGAGAUGCAAACAAUUGAUGGUAUUGGCUUGAUUGUAGAGCCCUCUCCUAAUCUACCAUUCUUUCAUGUAAUUGCUUCCAUACCACAACGAAAAUCGAAUGAGGACAUACAAUCUUCUAAGGUGAAAUCUUUUAUUAAACAUUACUCAUCGUCGAAAAUGUUUGAAGACUCCUUAAAGAAACCUACCUCUCAUACACUGCCAAGCCAAGAUGGUCUUGUACAACCGGAUGCUGAAUUAAUUGCAUUAGGUUUGGAUAGCGCGCAUAAUUCUAAUACUACAACACGAACGCGUACAUUGCGUAGCGCCGUCGGAGGGAAAUAUGAUUGUCAUAAUGUUAACGGCACUUCAAAUACAAGCACCGUAACUCCUGCGGUCACUAUGCGUCCAAAGUCAGCUACUUGCCAACCAUGCGGCAAUAGAAGUAGUAAAGAUGAUCCACAGAUAGAAAUGAGGAAUACAGGAAAACAUUCCACGUCAAUAUCACCUGCUUCUGGAACUGCUAACGAUAAUCUCACAUCCAUGUCUGAAACACCUGGGACACAGAAAUCUCAUUGUCUACCGUUAUCAUCAAAUUGUCAGUUAGUUGAAGGAAGUGAUGGUGAACCGGAGAUUGAUGUUGAUACAUUUGAAGGUCUUGGCAAACGUGGACUGCCUUUGGAUGAUAAAUAUGCUACUCUGCGCGCCAAAGAUAUUGCGAAUUUGUUGAUUCAACCUAUCCCUAAGGAUUUCGAAUCUAGUGAUUCUGUUUCUGACUGUGAUUUGCCCAAUGUAUCUCACCGUGGUACAACCUUCCCUAAUACCUAUGCUGCUCAGGAGCGAUCUGGUUUUUCAUCUACUUUACCAAACCAAGUAAAUGAAAUAUCCCGUUUACAAAUGUGUGGGAGAACUUUACGACAACCCAAAUACCUGAAAGAAUUCAGAGAAAGACGUUUCAAGUGGUUUAGUAGUUCAAAAAACGAGACUAUUUCUUCUUUGGCGAUGGAUGCUCAUCUGCAUUCUGCUUCAUUACCACCUAAUCUAACCGACCUUCCUCCUUUGCCAUUGGCGCUUCCGACUAGCAUUUCUACUAUUCUAAGUCUUUCUUCGAGGGGAUCUACUGGAUCUAAUACCUGCAUUUUACCAGUAAAUUUGUCCAGUGCUGAUAAGAGAAGUAAUACUGGUUCUGACAAAAUGGAUAACAAACCUAAUUCUGUUCGCAUACGCACAUGUUCAAAUUCGGUUGGUAAAAUAUCUUUUGAUUGCAACUCUAAACCAUUACCCAUGCCUAUAAAUGGAGGUUAUCAAGCUCCUCUUGGUUCAUGGUUAUCUGAACCUUUGGUGAUUGGCGGAUCAGUCGUUUUCAGUGGUGGAUGGCCUCCUGCUGGACCUAGGUCACCUUUAGUUCUUAUUCUAGCCGGUGGCCUAACUCAGUGUAGAGAUAUCCGAAUAGACUGGACCCAGCACCUACCUGUUAUGCUACUCGGUGUAUUUCUGGGCAUUGAUCACUGUCGUGCUCUUAUACAAGAAGAAUCUAAACAAUUGCUUGUUUCUCUGUUAGACCAAGUCUGUCCACAUCAUGAUGCUUUGCAUUUAUUGCGACUAGAACUGGAAGCGAAUCUUCGUCGCCUUGCUCAUCCGUCUGCACUGCCUGGUCCUCGAGUUCAAGACUACCGUCUGACUUUUGAUGGUGGGCCGUACUGUGAAAAAUUCAACUUAGUGAUCGAUCCUUUCAUGACAAUUGAAAGUGAUAAUCUGUUUUCAUCACCAAUAGUUUCCAGCAGAACAGUUAAAUAUGACGACACGGAGCAGUUUAAAAAUAUGCCUUCAACUGAAAAAGAGCCAGAUGGUGAUAGCCAUACAACCUCACUUGAUUUGUUACCGCUGAAAGAUAUUGAUGUAACAGCUAGCUUAGCUGCUAGUCCAUCUUCACCGAACUGUAGUCCACCGAUGAUUACACAGCUUCAAACUAAUCCAACACCUUUGAUAAAACAAGGUCGACUGAGUGAUUCUAUGUUCAGUCUUACGAGUACGGCAACUCUAAUUCCUCGUCAUCAAGAUGUUAAUGUCUCGGAACCACAGUAUUUUAAUGAUACUACAAUGCAUAAGUCAAAUAUAGUCAAUAAUAGUAAUAAUCAAACUAUUGAUGUUUCAGAAAAACAUGUCCUACGUAGCAAAACACUUUCGAACGCGACUCGACCUUCAUCUGUGUACACUAGUUCACAACCGUCGAAAACAGCGACAACAAACCAUGUCCAGACAUCCAAUUAUCAUCCUUUGAAAAUGGAAAAGUCCAAAAAAGUCAAAGAAUCCGACUUAAAACUGUUAGAAGAAGCUAUUCAGCAACUUAGAUGUAUACUUCUAGAUGGUUUAGGACAAGCUUUAUGGACUUGGGAAGAUUUUAAUAUGCAACGGAAUUCCUUCAAUUCAACAAUCCAAUCAACCUAUCAGUAUGAAUGUAAUCAAAUAUUUUCCAAUGAGAAACCAGAAAUUAAAGAAUCCACAAUAAAAACAAAGAUGAAUAUGAACUCACUUGAACAACUUGUUAAACUAGUUGCUCGUAUACUUUCCUUAUCUGAAGCUGGUUCUGAGGAAGCUGAAAAUUGUUUACAAUGUCUACAUGGCCCACCACAUGAUCAUAACAAACGAGGUGUAGUAGUUGAUCAAGAUGAUAAUUGCAAAGAUACAUGGUCUGAUCAUUCAAAUUAUUGCUUGGUGGCACGUUUAUCGCAAGCUGCUUUAAACACUGGUUUAUCCUGUCCUAGUCGACAUUAUGCCAGUCGUUCUUUACAGAUUCACCGUGCUCUUGGUGCACAUUUGGACAAGAAGUCUUUGUCACAGUUAUUAGCCAGAUUAGGAGAAACAGUAUCCGAUGGCAAUGAAGAAAUGCAGGGAUAUGUAGCUGAACUUUUUGUAACACAGGAGGCAGCUAUUCACCACCUGAAAACAAGAAGUGAUAGCUUACUGGAACCUGUAUCCACACUUGCUCCUGAUCCUGCCUCUCCAUCAUCUAGCUCCAUUAGCGGGAAUGGACGCAAGUCCAUUCAGAUCAUCAUCUCUAAUCGGAAAUCGUCCGUUCAUUUAAACACUGUGGUACCUGUCAAUGAUUCGCCAACACUUAAAUCCGAUCAAGCGAAUUCUCCGUCUUCAGAACGCGUUUCAUCAUCACCUUCAUCAAUCCCAUCUACUCCAAGUCAUUUUACGAAGAAAUCUCACACUUCAGUUACAUCUUCACCCAAGUUAAUUAAUCAAAAUAAUAGUGUAUGCUUGUUACCUGCAGCAGAGCGUGCCGAUUUAAUUGUUGGCAUCUUCUGGACGGGUGUUCUACUAUUGGAAUCAGAUUUUGAGCAUGAAUACUCAGUUGGUUUGAAGUUACUAAGCUUAGUUAUUCCAAGUGUCUGUGCGUCAAAUCCCAGACAUUCAUCUACAGCACAUGGUUCAAGAAUUAAUCUCAGUGAUAGAGCUCAGAAAAUGCUUAAUCAAUUGCGUUGGAAUCCGUAUUUCCCUGGGAUACUCAGUUUGGUGAUUAAAGGUUGCUCUUCGCCAAAUCUAGUAGAUCAAGCCUGCCGAUUACUCAUAAUAUUAAUACCGUUUCUUACUCAUCCUUUGGUAGUACCAUGUGGGCGUAUGGGUUUACCAAUCCAAAUAUCACUUCCCAUUGUUUUGCUUACUCUUAUGCCUAUGUUGACUACUGCAUGGGAUGAAGACCCGUCCACAUCAGUUCCCAUUAAUCCAUAUGAAAUGAGUUCUGAACAGUUUAGUUUCUUACAGGGUGGUUUUCUUGGUCGUGGUGUAAGUUCAUCAUUGAACAUUAUACCUCGAGCACUUGGUUCAUGGACGUCAUGUUACUGCACUGCACAUACUUCAUUUGCGAACCCAAACUCAACCGUGGCAUCAAAUUCAAAAAUGAGGACGGAUAGUGUAGGACUUUUUGGCAAUUACUCUUCAAACAGUCUUGGGGUUUUCAGUGGAGCUGAAUCAACCUUAAAUUUAAAUAUGAUAGGUACAGGAAGUAUAAACCGUGAUGUGAAUUCGAUUCCCAAAUCACCCGUUUUACGACCGAAGAAUCCCGUAUGCAUUCAGGCUGCUGAAUCACUUGCUCAGGCUGCACUUAAAAUAGAUCCAGUUCAAUUCAGUAAUUUAGCGCUUGUACUAAGACUCUAUGCUUCUGGUAAUUUUUCCAAGGAUGUUGAUCAGUGGAGCAAGUGUGUUAUAUGCUAUCUGUUAGAAGGUUGUGGAUCAAAUGCACCUCGUAUGCUUAAACACAUUAAUAUGCUAUUAACUUCUGGACCACCAUGUCUUCAAUUACCGUUACUAAAAGUGGCUUAUUUAUUCCUACAACAAGUCGAUAUUAAUCAGCCAGAUUUAGGGUCUUCUCUACAAAACUUUAUUACAUCGAUUAUUGGUCAGUUUCUUGGGACCAAUUUAUGGUCCUAUGUUAUUCCAAUUCUGCAAGUCACUGUUUCACGUUCAGCUGUGUUAAGCACUGUGCCAGAAACUCCUGCAUAUACCCUACCUGGUUUGGAUCCUUCAGGUAGUGGUCGCAUUUUAGACUUCGCAGUUGCGGCUGCAGCAGUUGCUGUUCCACUUCCAGAAAGUGAACCUCCGAGGUUAGAACUUGCUGGUCCUGUGUUAGACUUUACUUUCAAUGUUUUUCAAGAAGCACCAUUACUAGCUCCUGAAUUUGCUCCAAGCUCUUCAUCAAACGCGAAUUUAGAAAAUAUCUCCAAGGUGGAUACUGCUUCGUAUGAUUUUUCUCCUCUAAAAGGAAAUAGAAAAGACUAUAUUGAUGCCAGUGAUAUUGGUUUGACGGAAACAUUUGUUUCAGCUUCUGGUGGAUGGAGUAAGCCAGGAAGUUGUCAGUCACGUUUGCGUGAAAAACUGUAUCGUCUAGUUGGUUGUUAUGGUAUGCCUGCACAACAAUGUAUCAGUGCUCCAAGAAGUCCAUCGGUUAUCUUCAGUCAAUCCACUGAAACAUUAGACCCACAAUUAAGCGUUCAUUCCAGUAGCGAAACAACAUCUGUUGUCGAUAUAAGCAAUUCAGAUGAUAUACGCCUUGAUGAUACAAGCAGUGGUGAACAAACUGCAGUAUUCCGAGAUUUGGACACUUAUUUGGAUGCUCAACUAAUGAACAUCAACUUCCUAGGUGUACCAGAUUGUAGAUUAGCGUCCACAAGUGCUUCAAUGAGUGAAGAUGAGCCUAGACGUCCAUGGGGUGUCCGUGGUCAAGCGAUUACUUGUCAUUUUGAUCUCAAUGGAGAUGGAAGUGAAUCCAUUGCAAAUGAAACUUUUGCUGGAUUAUCAAGACCAAUUCAAACAAUAGAAACAAAAAUAAUUACACCAGCAGAAUCUGAUUAUUUAUCAUCUACUUACCACCAAAGCAGAACUAAUUCUCUACCGCAGUUAACUGCUUUUAUCGAUAAUAGGUCAGAUGGAGUAAAACAUACAGACUCGAAAAAUUUAAAUACAAACAGGUAUUCAACAAUAACAAUAAGCAACAACUAUACAGAUUGUAAUGUCGAUAACAGAUAUUCAACAGGAUCACGUGAUGAACAGCAACUACACAUGGAUAUUCAGGGAGCUUCAAGUUCACUUAUAUGGAAAUCAUUCACUGAAGAGAGUAACACCGCAGUACAGUUAGAUCGUGCAGACAAUGACUAUAUGAGUUUGUUGUAUACUACUAGGAAGAGUGACACCCUAAGUGAAGAGGAUUGUGAAAUGAAAUCUAGUAAGACUUCACAAACUAAAAAGCGUUUAAAUGUUAAUAUGCGCAAUUCGCGAGCUGAGCAUGUAUCGUUUGAUCUUGGUGAUGGCACUGAAGAGGUCGAAGGAGAAGACAGUGAGGUAGAAAACACUACAAGGACUACUACUACUAUCGGUGGUAGUGUGCAAAAUUACGAAGAAGAAAACAGACAAAGCAACGCGAAAGGGAUUCUCGUAAGCCAUUCACAUUGUCAAUCUCACAAAAAUGCACACACCACAUUGCAGUCAAAUGCUGUUCAUCUCCCUAGCGCUUCUAUAGUGCGGUUUGCAUCUAUACAAGUCCUAAAUAACAGUAAUUGUGAUUAUAUUGACUAUUCUGCUGCAAAAUCUAGACCAAAUAUUUAUUUCCCUCGAUGUUACGUGUCCUGUCGAAAUGAAUUAGGUUUACGGGAUAAACAACAUAUUCAAAUUUUGAAGAAAUCAGAACAUCAAAGUACCAAUCACAGAUAUCGUGUAUGUAAUACGAGAAAUUCUCUCCUGGGACAAAUAAAACGUUCGGCGUCAACAUCGGAACUAUCAGUUAAUAAGCAGCAGUACAUAUUAAUUGAAUCAAGUGAUGGUAAUAAAUCCUUCACCAAUUCACUUUUACUAUCACCUUUAAGUUAUCGAAGUGAAGUGAAUAGUAAUAGAGACCGAAAUACUUUUGGUCAAUCCUCUUCAUCGUUAUCCUCAUCAAGAUCAUCAUCGCCCAAAUUAAGUAAUAAUGAGUUUAAACAACCCAUAUCCGAUUUAAUUAUCACAGAUAAUAAUAAUAAUGGUGAUAAUGAUGACAACAAUAAUACUAGUACAGUGAAAGCUGUCUCUUCUUGGACAUGUUCUUCUUCAUUAAUAUCGCCUCAAUCAAUUCCAUUUUCACCAUCACUUUCAGUAUCUUCGUCAUCAGCAGCAGCAUCUGUACAUAGUUCUCAUUCUUCAUUGCAUUAUACAGAGACAGGUGGAAGAAAUAAAAAAUCUAAUCAUUACUUCCCUGCUGUCACCAAGAUGCAUAGAUCAACAAGUGACUCAAGUAUAAAUUGUAGCGGUAAAAAAAUAAUAUAUGUGCGUCGUCAGCAGCAACAUGAACAUGGCGAGCAACAUAGUGAUCAACAGCAGCAUCAUAAAAGGCAUUCUGCUCAUAUUAACGAAAAUGCGCAAAACUUUGCUUCAUCCGAGUGUGCUUCAUUAAACAAAAUAGUCUCAGUUCAGUCGUCAACAAGUUUAUGUAAUUGGAGAAAUCCGCUGACUACUGAACAAAAAUGGCUUGAAUUAGAAUCGAUUUUACAUUCCACAACCUGUUCGCGCUUAAAUGAACAGCAAAUGUUGAUGUGUAUGCUCAAUGAACUCCCGCAAUCAUAUCAAGAAUUAGUUUCACGCUAUAUAAUUGCUCUUAAGCAAACUAUUAAUUUAUCUGGUUAUUCGUGGACUGAAUCGAAUCGUUUCAGUAGUUUAGCAGCUAUACACUGAAGUAUUGUGUCUGAUUCUCAACACCAAUGGAACAUCAUAAAAAUAAAGUCAGUGCAUUAAUCAUUUAAACGAUGAAGAUCUAUUGUCAGCUAGUCGGCCCUAAUUUUGAAUCCCAUUCCAAUGGGUAGUAUCAUCAUACCUCACAUAUUGAGUGUGGUUCAUGGUCUGCUUCAUCGAAGACUUUUACCAUGUAAGUGGUUUCAAUCACAUGGACAACUAAAUCCGCCUUAUUCAAGUAUUGGUUUGUAGGGAUUUGGUUGAUUAGUUACAGGAUUUCAUCAUGAGCUG